GAAGGACACACCUGAACUGCCUCAAUCAGCUGCAAGCAAGACACACUCAGAGACUCAGAAGACUGUAAUUCAUCUACUUUUGGAUGUGAACUUUCCACCUGGGUUCCUGUUCGUCUGGUAAAAAAUAAUUGCAUUAAAAAAAAUGUUUGGAUCCCUGAACAACAGAAUCCGGGAGUACUUGGACAAAAGAAGAAAUCGCAGCACCAGGCUAGUAACCAAAAAUGGUCGCUGCAACAUUGAAUAUGGAAACAUCAAGUACAGCAAACACUUUGCCUUCCUGGCCGACUUCUGGACCACCUUGGUGGAGCUGCGGUGGCGUUAUGUCCUCUUCAUUUUCACUGCCUCUUUCACGCUUAGCUGGUUCAUUUUUGGUUUGGUGUGGUAUUGGAUUGGACGCAAUAAUGGAGACAUGACGUGGCAAAACCCCCCUCCAAAUCACAUUCCAUGUGUUAUCAAUGUUGUUGGACUCACCUCAGCAUACCUCUACUCACUUGAAACCCAGACCACAGUUGGGUAUGGAGUGCGAGCGCUCACAGAUCUCUGCCCAGGUGCUGUUGCCGUUGUCACUAUCCAGUCAGUCCUUGGAGCAAUUAUUAAUUGCUUAAUGUGUGGCGUUGUAAUAGCCAAAAUAUCUUUGCCUAAAAAGAGGGCUAAAACCAUCACAUUUAGUUCAAUGGCUGUGAUUAGCCCCAAAAACAAUUGUCUUUGUCUGUCAAUCAGAGUGGCCAACCUGCGUAGGAGUCUGAUGAUUGGAAGCCAGAUCUACGGUAAACUCUUGAGAACAACAACCACACAAGAUGGAGAGACCAUCAUCCUGGAUCAGGUGAACGUUGAUUUUACGUUGGAUGCUGGGAAGGACAACCUCUUCUUUAUAUGUCCUCUCACUCUCUAUCACAAAAUCGACAAGACAAGCCCCUUCUUCGAGAUAGCAGUGGACACACUCCACAAGCAAAACUUUGAGCUGGUUGUCUUCCUAGAUGGCACGGCUGAGUCUACAAGCUCCUCUUGUCAAGUGCGGACUUCCUAUAUUCCUCAGGAAAUUAUGUGGGGUUACAAUUUUUUGCCCAUCAUCUCAAGAAGCAAGGAAGGCAAGUACAGAGUGGAUUUCUCCAACUUCUCCAAAGUGGUACCAGUGGCCACUGCACACUGUUCCUACUGUUUCCACAACAUAAAGGGUCAUCAUCACUAUUCCAGAGAAGGGCAUGACAAUCCCGGCUUUGAGGUGAUAGAAAUCAUCGAUUCCCAAAAUCUCAGUGUAGAUAUUCCGAGCAACAGAAAUUGAGACUUUAUUGAAGGUUGUACCUCUCAAUGAUGAUCUCUCCCUCCUCUCACCCCCAGCUGGUUGUGGCAGAUGACUGCCCCCUCCCUGAGCCUGGUUCUGCAGGCGGUUCCUUUCUGUUAAAAGGACAUUUUUCCUUCAGGCUGUCGCCAAGUGUUUGCUCA